GUUCUCAGACCCCACCGGUAGAUGGCGCCACUCUUUGCUUCUCCACAGCGUAAACACAUCACAGCUGCUGCCGACUGACACACAGCGAGGCGUUCUUCGACAGCGCUGCCAGCUCAUCCCGCAUUCUGUGAGCAAAUACAAAAAUAAAAGUAACAUAAAAAAUCAUCACGGCUCGCAGCAGAGAUAAUCCGGAGAUAAUUUUUUCCUGAGCGAAGUAGGAGUUUUAGUUUGUUUGUUUUUUUCCUUCUUGCGUGCGUUCGCCUUUGCUACAGCUUUACCCAGGACAGCAGUGAGACCUCCAGGACCGAGCACACUGCGCUCCACACCAUGGCUCCCACUCUCACCAUGCUCCUCUUUGUGCUUCACAUCCUCACUGCUUCGGUGCUGCAGUCGACCUCAGAACCAGUUCUCUCUGAGAGACGUCCACACCUCACUGGCUGUGCUUCCCCAGACAUGAUGACUUUCCGUUGCAGAUGGAAUGUUGGCCCUUUCCAGAAUCUCUCUGAUCCCAGAGCUCUCCGUUUAUUCUACUUUAUAAAUGUACCCCCUCCUCUGUCUUCUAAAAAUUGGAGUGAAUGUCCUCACUACAGCAACGAGACGCCAAACGAGUGCUUCUUCGAUCAGAACCACACCUCGAUCUGGACAUAUUACAACGUCCAGCUCCGCUCCAGGGAUGAGACCAUCCUCUAUGAUGAGAAGGGUUUCUUUGUUAAUGACAUUGUGCAACCGGAUCCUCCUGUCAGCCUGAACUGGACGCUGCUGAAUGUGAGUUUGACUGGCAUCCACUAUGACAUACUGUUGAGCUGGAAGCCUCCUCCAUCUUCAGAUGUGGAGACAGGGUGGAUGAAGCUGCGGUAUGAAGUUCAGCACCGUGACAACAGCUCCAGUGUGUGGGAAAUGGUUGACCCUGUUUCGAGUACACAGUGUUCCCUUUACGGGCUUCAAACUAACAUCAAUCAUGAGAUCCGGGUUCGGUGCAAAAUGCUCGGUGGGAAAGAGUUUGGAGAAUUCAGCGAAUCUGUCUUCAUUCACAUCCCAUCGAAAGUUUCAAGAUUCCCCGUGGUGGCUUUGCUCAUCUUUGGUGCCUUGUGUUUAGUGGGCAUCCUGAUGUUGGUUAUCAUAUCACAGCAAGAAAAGUGGAUGGUUAUCCUUUUGCCUCCUGUUCCUGGACCCAAAAUUAAAGGAAUUGACUCUGAACUACUCAAGAGUGGGAAGCUUAGGGAGUUGACAUCAAUCCUGGGUGGUCCUCCUGAUUUGAGGCCGGAGCUCUGCAACUCCGACCCCUGGGUGGAAUUCAUCGAUCUGGACAUUGAAGAGCAAAGCGACAGAGUGACAGAACUGGACACUGACUGUCUCAUGAACCACCAGCUGUCUUCUAACUGCUCCCCACUAUCACUUGUCUUCAGAGAUGACGAUUCAGGUCGCGCAAGCUGCUGCGAUCCAGAUCUCCCAUGCGACCCAGAACCAUCACCUUUCCUUCCUCUGGUCCCAAAUCUUGCCCUCAGUCAGGAGAUAUUAUGUGCAGCAACCUCCGAGCCAAGCUCUCCCAUCCAAAGCUGCAACUCUGGGGAGCUUCCUUCAUUCGUCACGGACAGAGACACUUUGUACACCCAGGUGAGUGAGGUGAGGUCAUCGGGCAAGGUGUUGCUCUUACCUGAGGAACAGACCGAGGGGGAGAAAAUGCCUAGUAAAGAGAAGGAGGACGAAAUUGUGGUAGAGAAAGAGAAGAAAGAGUUUCAGCUCCUCGUGAUGAAUGCAGAUCACAGAGACUACACUUCAGAGCUCAAUGCAGGAAAAACAAGCCCAGAAUUAUCCACAGGGGACCUGACUGAACCCUGUAAAACAUUUCCGUCACCUCACCAUGAAUCAAACACCACCGCGCCCCCACCAAUCCCUGCUCCUGUCUACACUGUGGUCGAAGGUGUUGAUAGACAGAACAGUCUCUUACUGUCACCAAAUUCAGCACCAGCCCCACAUCUGAUAAUUCCAAAGAACAUGCCGACACCAGACGGCUACCUGACCGCUGACCUUCUGGGAAGUAUCACGCCGUAAUUCAGUGUCGAAGUGUGCAAAUUAAAAAUCUGGAGGUUGAAUGUUGACUGCAUCCUUUGGCAGAGUUUUGUAAAGGAACUGGACAAAAAAUGUGUUUUACUCUGAUUGUGGGAAAGGGAAGCAUUAAAAGGGAAAGCUCGAGCCAAAAACUGCUGCAGUCGAAAACCAGCUCUGCAACAACUUAACUAACGACCUUUGUUAAAGCCGUAUUAACCAGUUUUUGACCACUAGGAGUCAGAAUAUCCCCUGAAUAAAAUCAAAAGUAAAUAUUGAUUGCUUAUGAAGUGCACCAUCCAGUAUACAUUUAUUUAUUUUAUUUGCAUUUAUAAGAUUUAGUAAAAAUUUUGAUUUCCUUUCAUCCCUGGUGGUCCUAUUUGUUAAAAUCUUUGCUAAUGUUUUGUCAUUUGGUGCUGUAAGCCAAACAAGGACAAAAGUGGAUUGCAGGUGUACAAUUCCCUGCAAUAUUUUUACAACGAGCAACACCUUCUAUGCUACAGAUUCACAUUUUAAUCAGUAUUAAUAUUAAAGGCACCAUGUCCUUGUGCAUAUUGUAUAUAUGAAAAGACAAUAUUUGAAAAGAAACAAAUAAAUAACCUUGUUUUUGCUUUUUUUUUUUUUUUUGAAUGACAUUUUUUUUAUCUGUCAGAUCAACUUUGCCUCAAUGCAAACUCAAUGCAUUCAGUUCUGUGCUUUUCAAAAUGCUCAGUGUAUGUCAACAUAUUGAUUCCUAAAAAAGAAUAAUAAAGCAUGAUUUGUGUGUGACAGGAUAAACAGGAGCUCAAUGUAAGAUGCUAGUUUAAUUUUAAUAUUAUCACAUAUUGUGUUCUUAAAAACUGUGAAAAGUUUUGAGAGCUAAAGCCGAAACGAUAUGAACGGAAAUUAUUUUGCUCAGUGAGUAUUUGUGUUUAUAGUGCAUUGAUUCUUUUGUUUUUGUUAUUUC